AUGUCGUCAGAUGCAGAUCACCACUACAACACACCUACCCUCUCACCCGAUAUCCAUCAAGAAAUAGCACUGCACUGCGACAAGGAAACCCUCCAAGCGUACUGCUCCGCGAGCUACCUCCUACGCCAAGUCGUCGCGCCAUUCUUCUUCAGAGCGUCGCACAUCAAACUCGGCAUCCAAUUAAAUUUUGAAUCAUCCGCUGCAUACCACAUGGCCAGUCAGCAAAACUACGAAGCGUGGGCUAGUAACUGUAUCAAGAAAUUCGAGCAGCUUUCGGCAAGCGGCUAUGCAAAGCACGUUCGUGAGCUGUCGUACCGCGGCUUCAAAACUUUGGAAGGCCCUAAGGACGGGGUUGAGACGUGGAAGACGCAGUAUCAUGAAACUGCAUGGGCCAUUUUUAAAAAGAGCCUCAGUCGAUAUACGCAAUUGAUAUCACUGCGAUUAGAAGACGUUGACAUUGAUGAUGAAGCUAUCAUAGUAAUGGGUACCUUGCAGACCCUCCAUCAUCUUUAUCUUACAGACAAUCCUGGAUUCAAAUGCACGGAGGAGCUUGCUAUGCACCACAACGUCCGUCCAGUACAAAGUUUGACCUACGAGCCGACGUUUGACACUGAUGAUGUUGAGAUUGAUGGUGAGCUUGGGGGAAUGUUUGUUGCAGCCGCAUGCAGCAAUAUCACGUCUCUGUACAUAAAAACAGUGAUAGGUGACGGCAUGCAACACAACCUUUACCGCAUUCUCAGCAACUGUCCGCUGCUUGAGACACUCAAUAUUGGAUUGGGUACACAGGACGACCCCAAUAUGGAUGAAACGGCACCGGAUGGUCUUGAACGUACUGCUAUGCCCAGGCUACGGGAUUACAGCGGCCCAGCCUACUAUGCACCUCUAGUCAAAGGCAGGCCAGUGGUUAAAAUCCAUGUGUACCCGUUACCUUACGACCUCGACGAUACCAAUGUUGCCGACUGGGUUCAUAGCACCUUUUCAGGCACCACUGCAGCCGUCGAGUCCUUUACCACGCUCUUCUUCCCAGGGGACGCCAUCAACACCUUUCUUGGCGCCAUAUCUAUAACUUUGCCGAGCCUCACAGAAUUGGAGAUGGAAAUUGAUGGUGAUUUUGACAAUGAGGUGCUUGAGUGUCUGGUGCAAGAUCUUCAUGAAAGAGUCUGCGUGAUACCGGCAUCAUUGCAAACAUUACGGUUAUUUUGGCUGAACGAGUCUGAACUUGAACUAAACGAUAUCGUUGACAAAGUAGUCGAAAUAUUAAGGAUGCCAGAACGGUUGGGGAAGUUAGAAUUCUUGACCAUUGGAAAGACCGAUCAUGAUUAUGUGAGUAAUACUAUAGCCCACUCCUUGUAG